CGGCCAGGGGACCGGCUUCCCGGUGUGGCGGGUCCCUCCCCCACCCCGUUUGUUUACGUCCCGGGGCCAACCCGCAAGCCCCGCGCUCUUUUGUGUGUCUGCUGCGUGAAAGUGACUACGGAGCUGGAUUUGUCCCCUUUUUUUUGCGCCCGGGGACUUCCUUGGGAAGGGGUUGUGGGGGAAGCUUUGGAAGGGGAAAACUUGGCUUGCCGGGAACACCGGUGGGUCGCGCAGAGUGUGGGAUCGGCUCCGGACAAGGGGGAAGGUGAGGGAGGAAGGCUGCAACUUUCAACCGAGUGCAGGUCUCUGCGUGACCCGCUUUUCCCGGGGCGCUUCCCUCCGCCCCCCGCAUCACUGAUCGGUGCAGACAGACUUAGCUGCGCGUCUCAGGGACUUCCAGGGCUCCCCCCUCGGUGACCCGUCGCUUGCUUCACUCCAGACCCUCACUCUCUUUAGCGGAGGGGUGUGUUCUGUCCUCUCUGCUAAGGGGCCGCAGGAGCUAUGGAGCGCGCGGCAGGUCCGCUACAAGCUGCCUUCUCCAGCCUGGUUCUCGAAAGCAAAGCCCCGGGGGCCCCGCUGGACUGUGUGGAGACUGAUUGUAGUUCCCCAUCUCCUCGAGGGGAUGGUACCGGGGCUUCCCAUUCCGCGGCGGAGCUGCCUGCGUGCCCAGAGGAUGGUAUCCUGCCUGCCACCCCUCAUCUGAACCAGCUGCUCGCCCUCGGGGUCUUCCCUGCUAAUGCUAGCUCCGCGUUCGCGGCUCCUGGACAGCCCCGGGAAUCUGCCAGGUGGAUGUUGUGCUUAGCCGGAGCCAAGUUGAAGAGAGAACUUGAUGCCACCGCAACAGUAUUGGCAAACAGGCAAGAUGAGAGUGAACAGUCCAGAAAACGGCUCAUUGAGCAGAGCCGAGAGUUCAAGAAGAACACUCCAGAGGAUUUGCGCAAGCAGGUAGCACCACUGCUCAAGAGCUUCCAAGGGGAGAUUGAUGCACUGAGUAAAAGAAGCAAAGAAGCAGAGGCAGCCUUUUUGACUGUGUACAAGAGAUUAAUUGAUGUUCCAGAUCCUGUACCAGCCCUGGACCUCGGGCAACAGCUGGAAAUAAAAGUGCAGCGUCUACACGACAUUGAAACGGAGAACCAGAAACUUAGGGAAACACUAGAAGAGUACAACAAGGAGUUUGCUGAAGUGAAAAAUCAAGAGGUUACGAUAAAAGCACUUAAGGAGAAAAUCCGAGAAUACGAGCAGACUCUGAAGAGCCAGGCUGAGACAAUUGCUCUGGAGAAGGAACAGAAGUUACAAAAUGAUUUUGCCGAGAAGGAGAGAAAGCUGCAAGAGACCCAGAUGUCCACCACCUCAAAGCUGGAAGAAGCUGAGCACAAACUCCAGACGCUGCAAACAGCCCUGGAAAAAACUCGAACAGAAUUAUUUGACCUGAAAACCAAAUAUGAUGAAGAAACUACUGCAAAGGCCGAUGAGAUUGAGAUGAUCAUGACUGACCUUGAACGAGCCAACCAGAGGGCAGAGGUGGCACAGAGAGAGGCAGAGACUUUAAGGGAACAGCUCUCAUCGGCCAACCACUCUCUCCAGCUGGCCUCACAGAUCCAGAAGGCUCCAGACGUGGAGCAGGCCAUAGAGGUGCUGACCCGAUCCAGCCUGGAAGUAGAGUUGGCUGCCAAAGAGCGGGAGAUCGCCCAGCUGGUAGAAGAUGUGCAGCGACUCCAGGCCAGCCUCACCAAACUUCGUGAGAAUUCCGCCAGCCAGAUCUCACAGCUGGAGCAGCAGCUGAGCGCCAAGAAUAGCACACUCAAACAACUGGAAGAAAAACUCAAAGGCCAGGCUGACUAUGAAGAGGUGAAGAAAGAGCUGAACACCCUGAAGUCCAUGGAGUUUGCACCAUCGGAAGGAGCAGGGACACAGGACUCUACCAAGCCCCUAGAGGUUUUACUCCUGGAGAAGAACCGCUCACUGCAGUCUGAGAACGCCACGCUGCGCAUCUCCAACAGUGACCUGAGCGGGUCAGCCAGGAGAAAAGGGAGAGACCAGCCUGAGAGUCGGCGCCCGGGACCCUUGCCGGCCUCCCCUCCUCCUCAGUUGCCCCGCAACACGGGGGAACAGGUUUCCAAUACUAACGGUACACACCACUUCUCACCAGCGGGGUUAAGUCAAGACUUUUUCAGCUCAAACAUGGCCAGCCCCAGCCUACCCCUGGCUUCUACAGGAAAGUUUGCACUAAACUCUCUUCUCCAGCGACAGCUAAUGCAGUCCUUCUACUCCAAGGCCAUGCAGGAAGCCGGAAGCACAAGCACGAUUUUUUCAACAGGUCCUUACAGCACAAACUCCAUAUCUUCCCCAAGUCCAUUACAACAAAGCCCAGAUGUAAAUGGCAUGGCCCCAUCUCCCAGCCAGUCAGAAAGUGCUGGGAGCGUCUCGGAGGGUGAGGAAAUUGAUACAGCAGAAAUCGCCCGGCAGGUCAAAGAACAGCUGAUCAAGCACAACAUUGGACAGCGCAUUUUUGGACAUUACGUCUUGGGACUAUCUCAAGGGUCUGUGAGUGAGAUUCUGGCCCGGCCAAAGCCCUGGAAUAAGCUGACUGUCCGUGGCAAGGAGCCAUUUCACAAAAUGAAGCAGUUCUUGUCUGAUGAGCAGAACAUCUUGGCACUUCGUAGCAUCCAAGGCAGACAGAGAGAGAAUCCAGGCCAGAGCCUGAACAGACUCUUUCAGGAAGUACCGAAACGAAGAAAUGGGUCUGAAGGUAACAUCACUACCCGGAUCCGAGCAUCUGAGACUGGUUCUGAUGAAGCAAUCAAGUCCAUCCUGGAGCAAGCCAAGAGGGAGCUCCAAGUGCAGAAAACCGCUGAGCCAGUCCAGCCAUCUUCUGCAUCCAGCAGUGGGAACUCUGAUGAUGCCAUCCGCUCCAUCCUACAGCAGGCCCGCCGGGAAAUGGAGGCCCAGCAGGCCGCCCUUGACCCUGCCUUAAAGCCAGCACCACUGUCCCAGCCUGACCUUGCCAUCCUCACCCCCAAGCUCCUGUCUGCCUCACCCAUGUCUACUGUAUCUACUUACUCCCCUCUUGCCAUCCCCCUGAAGAAAACCCCCACAGCACCUGAGGCCAGUACCUCGGCCUUGCCCAGUGCCCCAGCCCUCAAAAAAGAGGCUCAGGACGCACCCGGGCUGGACCCACCAGGGACAACUGAUGCUGCCCAGGGGGUACUGAGGCAGGCGAAGAGUGAGCUGCUGCGUGGCAGCACCUGGAAGGAUCCCUGGUGGAGUCCUAUACAGCCUGAAAGGAGAAAUCUCACCUCUUCUGAAGAGACCAAGGCUGAUGAAGCAUCUGCAAGUGGGAAAGAAAAGGCAAGCAGCAGCCAGUCUCGGGCUGAGCGCAGCCAGCUUCAGGGACCCUCGUCAUCAGCAGAGUACUGGAAGGAGUGGCCCAAUGCUGAGUCUCCAUACUCCCAGAGCUCAGAGCUGAGCCUCACUGGAGCCAGCCGCAGCGAGACACCCCAGAAUAGCCCUCUGCCCUCCUCCCCAAUUGUGCCCAUGGCAAAACCGGCAAAGCCCUCAGUGCCCCCACUGACUCCUGAGCAGUACGAGGUCUACAUGUAUCAGGAAGUGGACACCAUUGAGCUCACCCGGCAGGUCAAAGAGAAGCUGGCCAAGAAUGGCAUUUGCCAGAGGAUCUUCGGGGAGAAGGUGCUGGGCCUGUCCCAAGGCAGUGUCAGUGACAUGCUCUCAAGGCCAAAGCCAUGGAGCAAACUGACCCAGAAAGGCAGAGAACCCUUCAUCCGGAUGCAGCUCUGGCUGAAUGGAGAGCUAGGCCAGGGUGUUCUGCCUGUGCAAGGGCAGCAACAAGGGCCAGUCCUCCACUCAGUGACGUCUCUGCAGGACCCCCUCCAGCAGGGCUGUGUGAGCUCAGAAAGCACUCCAAAGACCUCUGCCAGCUGCAGCCCUGCCCCUGAGUCCCCAAUGAGUUCCAGCGAAUCCGUGAAGAGUCUCACCGAGCUGGUCCAGCAACCCUGUCCUGCCAUUGAGACCAGUAAAGAAGGCAAACCACCAGAACCCAGCGACCCACCCGCUUCAGACUCCCAACCCACAACACCGCUGCCUCUCUCUGGACACUCAGCCCUCAGCAUCCAAGAAUUAGUAGCCAUGUCUCCUGAGCUGGACACCUAUGGCAUAACCAAGAGGGUCAAAGAGGUGCUGACAGACAACAACCUCGGUCAGCGCUUAUUUGGAGAGACCAUCCUGGGGCUCACCCAGGGCUCUGUCUCCGACCUCCUUGCCCGCCCAAAGCCCUGGCAUAAGCUCAGUUUGAAAGGACGAGAGCCCUUUGUCCGCAUGCAGCUGUGGCUGAAUGACCCCAACAAUGUGGAGAAGCUGAUGGACAUGAAGCGGAUGGAGAAGAAAGCCUACAUGAAGCGGCGUCACAGCUCUGUCAGUGACAGCCAGCCUUGUGAGCCCCCCUCUGUGGGCAUUGACUAUAGCCAAGGUGCCAGCCCCCAGCCACAACACCAGCUGAAGAAACCUCGAGUGGUGCUGGCUCCAGAGGAGAAGGAAGCGCUGAAGCGAGCAUAUCAGCAGAAGCCAUACCCGUCACCAAAAACGAUCGAGGAGCUUGCCACACAACUCAACCUGAAGACCAGCACCGUCAUCAACUGGUUCCAUAAUUACAGGUCUCGGAUCCGCAGAGAACUCUUUAUUGAGGAGAUUCAAGCCGGAAGCCAGGGCCAGGCCGGUGCCAGCGACUCACCUUCCGCUCGAAGUGGCCGCGCCGCACCCAGCUCAGAAGGUGACAGCUGUGACGGCGUGGAGGCCACCGACGUGGAGGAGCCAAGUGGCACCACAGUAGCCACCAAGUCUCAGGGAGGGCCUGCAGAGGCGGCCGCAGCCCCGGCCGACCGGGAAGAGGCGACGCAGCCUGCCGAGAAGGCGAAGGCACAGCCCCAAUCCUCGGCGACCCCAGGGCAGGACGAUGGCGAAGACGCGGGCCGGCCUAGGCCACCGCCCGAGGGCCUCACCGACACCCCGGCGCCUGUGCCAAACCUCGCCGCACCCGCGCCCAGAGAGGACGCCGCUACCUCAGCCACUGCGACGGCCACCGAGGCCCCUGGGGCGGCCAGGGCGGGAGAGAGGAGUUCUGCGUUGCCAAGCACCAGCGCGCCCGCCAAUGCGCCUGCGCGAAGGCCUAGCUCACUUCAGAGCCUCUUUGGCCUCCCGGAGGCGGCGGGCGCCCGGGACAACCCGGUGCGGAAGAAGAAGGCCGCGAACUUGAACAGCAUCAUCCAUCGCCUGGAGAAGGCUGCCAGCCGGGAGGAGCCCAUUGAAUGGGAGUUCUGAGGGCGCCGGCCUCUGGGCCUGACCAGCAGGGCCUCGCCGGGCCUAGCCAGGCCUACUUGCGCCUAGCAGGUCCCAGCCAGGCCUAGUCAGCACUGGCUAGUAGUGGGCCGGGGCAGGCGGGUGCGUGGAGGGCAGUGCCGACCCGAGGCCUGGACGUGUUGCGCACUUACCGCCCUGCGGGCCACAGGGCAAAAUCGCCAUAGGCCAAGGUGCAUAUAGAAAACAAAGGAGCAUUAAGCCCAAUCUAUGUCGUGUUUUCAAGGAAGAAAACGGAAAUGUGUAGUCGAGCUUUUUUGUACCCUGAAGUGUUUUUUUUUUUUUUUUGUUUGUUUUUUUUUUUUUUGUUUUUUUUUUUUUUAAAUUGCCCUAAGUGAUUUCCACAGGUUCUGGAAUAACUCUUUACAGCUUUUGCCUUGUGCCCUCCUCUUUCGUGUGGGCUUUAAAAAAAAAAAAUCAAACCCACAUAUUAAAAGGGGGCUUUUUAUCUGCCAUCUAAUGGCUUCAGAGCGAUAAUACACUAUUAUCUUCUUAAACCAGGAAGGGGGGGAUUUUUCAGAAAAAUUAAAAAAGAAAGUUUUUGUAGCUGUUCAGUUGCCACUAAGAGAUUGCACAGUCAAACCGACUCUAAACACACUAGUUUGGAUUCCUAAAUAUUUUCAAGAAAAGAAUCUUCUCGUUUGAAACUUUGAAUUAAAAUAAAACACAUUUACUCCACAUAUUUUUUAACAAAAAGGAAAAAAAAAAGAAAAGUCACAUCAGGAAAAGUAUCUGAUUUUGUGGUAGCUGACGUAGUGUUUUCUUGUACGUAAAUAGAAUCCUGACAUGUAGUGCACAUUGAUCCAUAGCUUUAACUGACUCUGGGCUUUUGCUGGCCAGAGUUUGUUUAAUACACUCCAUUCUAGGCCAAAUCAGGACAAAAAGAAAGAUCCGAAUCUAGGUAUUUUAUAAUCUGCUUUUUAACCUCUAACCGCAGAGCACGCUGAUCAGACCUCAUAUCUCGGAGGUUUAGGAGACAAGUUAGAACUGUAGCAUGUACCGGUUCAUUUUGUUUUAUGGUGUCUAUGUCUGUGUUGGCACAUCCGCUCAUGUGCAAGCGUUGAAAGGAAGGAAAAUGUAGGCCCACGAGGUCACAGCAGUUAGUCCCUCCGUGUGCAGGCACCCGUCUGUUCAUCUUUCCUUGGCACAGAAGGCACCUCACCUCACAACACUCUCCAGGGCACUUGACAGACUGAGCCCCCAGGGGAAGAUGCUCCCUGGGCUUGGGCAGGGCUGGUGCAACCAUGCGCACUCUCUCUCUUCCUGUCUCUUCUCCCCGUCCCCUUCCCACCACAAGCACUGAUAACCCUAUUUACUCGUGGGAAGCUUCCUUCCCUGCAGAAGAGAGAAUGCAACAGUCUGGGCUCUAUUCCCAUCCCUGUAGAGAUGGCCCAAACUCACCAAAAUGGUGACACUCUUCAAUUCCAGACCAGACCAUUGGCCCUUCAUUCAUUUCUCCUCUCACAAGGAUUUUUUUAUGCACAGUUUAGGGCAGUCUAAGUACAAAUCAAAAGUCUAACUUGUCUCUUGAUUCCUCCCGUUGUCUAUGUGUAUAUGCGUGAGUAUAGAGGUGGAUGAAAGUGUGUGUGCGUGUGCGUGUGCAAUUUUAUACGUCUGUGUAUUUUCUUAAGUACCUGUGCACACAUAGAGUGCAUUACUGCCACCUUUUUCAAUAAGCUGGUUUAUCAGUCAUGGCUUCUACAGGUUUUGCUAAUUUAGACUCCUUAUUGCCAUAUCUUUAAACUAACAAUAGAUGAUUUCGGUAUAUAUAUAUAUUUUUUUUUGCUUAUUUAUAGGUGCUGUAUUUUAUUAUCUGAUUGUUAGGAAGGGAUGAAAGGGGCAAAUAUUCUUUAGAGGGAUAGACUGCCGGCAGUAUUGGGUAUAAUUUACAAGAUGUAGCUGUCAUACUGUAUAUUACUGAUUGAAAACUUUUUGACCGUAUUGUGUAUCAUUGAAACUUUUGUCUUAGGUCAACAUCUUUGGAUGACAUUUUAA